UUUAAAAACUUUAUUCUGCAUUACAUAAGCAAGAAGCCAAACAGCUAUCAGUGCUUAGGUUUUCUGAAGGGUUCCAGCCUUUGUGGUAAUUCUGGUCAAGCCCAGUUUCUGCAUUUUUCACAAUAACUGGCUAGGUCCAAGAGUGUCGAAAUUAGGUACUCUAGUGGUUAAGGCUAAUCUGGUCCUAAAUUCAGAAUUACUGGCAUGCAUAGUAUCCUGCCUUAAUAAUUUUUCUUUUUAAAGGCAAGGUUUCACUCUAUAGCUCAGGCUACACUGGACUUUACUAUGUAACACAAGCUGGCUCCAAACUCAAUUCUACUUCACCCUAUUAUGCUGGAAUUAACAGGCGUUGACCCUCACGCCCAAUUUUUGAAAUCACUUACAGAAAAAUAAAUACAAAGAGUAUAGGAAACAGAGGACUAGAACCCUGUGUCAAGUUAGUUAUAUAGACGCGGCACAUUGUUGCUAUGGUUACAGCUGCCACCCGAGCCAAUGGCGUAGAUCGUAGAUCCUGGAGGCCAAUGGUGUACGUUGUAACAACAGUCACCACAGGAAAGACGGCCUCUAGUCCCCACAGCGUGCGCAGUCUCCAUGGCUCCGGCCGGAUGCGAGCUUGUGCGUCCCCUGCUGAGCGUGGUUGCCAUGACAACACUGGUAGGCUGUAGCUGAGCGCCCCCAGCUAUUCUGCGCGCACUUAGGGCAAUCCUCGGCGGCAGCCCUAAGUCCACUUCAGGUCGAAGACGGACCUGCUCUUCCCGGGGUGCAUUUUCUGGAUCUUUCCGGCUUCCCGGUUCGCUCCUUCGCACAGGCUGGAGGGCUUUGGUGUGCCCGGCUGGGUCGCGUUUCGCCCUGGAGAGGCGUGCUUCUCUCUAGUUGACAUCCGGAGGUGACUGUCCCUGAAGGUCUCCAUAGUCGCAAAGGCCCCGGAAACUCAGCCGUCCCCUGCUCGUGAGCUGAGGGAAAGGACUGUGGGACCAGCUUCGUCACGCGCAGCCUUGCAUCCGGAUGAAGCUCUGCAGGCCAUUGGUAACAGCGGCAUCCGAGGUCAUCAAAAGCCCAAAUAAGGGAACCCAAAGAAAUGUGUCAAGAAGGCUUGUCUAGACUAGCUCUGAGCAGCCGCAGUAAACAGACCGAGUGCUCUCUGGGAGAGAGGAGGACACUAGCAGCAGCCCCAGAACUCAUGAACUCCAUGCUGGAGUCUCGAAGACACCCAAGCGGUAGCCUCCAGAAAGAAUUUCCCCAGCGUCAGAAUGAAGACGCAGAGCCUCAGAACUGCCUCUUGAGGGAAGUGGAAUGCAUAGCACAGAGGCUGGGGGCGUCCCUGGAGGAGAUCCAGAGGAGAACCAAGGAGCCCCAAGAGAAGGAGAGAGAACAGAGAAAGUUAGAUGAUGCACUUGAGAAUGCUCGACUGGAAACUGAAAAAUUGAAAAAUAUUCUAGUAAAACUGAAAGAAAGUGAUGCAACUGACUUACAGAAAGCAAGAGAACAUAACCAGAGGCUAGACGAGGAAAUUCUGGCUUUGAGAAACCGGGUGCGAUCGCUUGACUCUGAGAAAAAGGUGCUUGGAGAAAUGAUAUUGAAAAUGAGCCAAGAAAAUAUUAAAGUGUUUGACAGUGACUUGUCAGAAGACCGAGAGAAGCAACAGCAACUGGCGUCUGCUUUUGUUACUGUUCAGAAGUCCUUGAGAGUGGAUAGUGAGGAAUUCCAAAAAUCAAAGUCAGAACUCCUGUGCCUUUAUAAGGAAAUUCAAAGUCUUCCAAGGCCUGAGGGCAGAGAGCAGUUUUUAAUAGCAUAUAACCUGCUACAAAGAGAGAAUUCUGAAUUAGAAGCCAAGGUCUCAAAGUUUUCACAAGAAUUGCAACAGUUAGAACAUUGCUCUGUAGGGGACAGAACUGCCAAUUUAAUGACAAGUGACGGCCACGGUGAAGAUCUGGUGUCUAAAGUGCCACUUUUGGAAGGAGAGGUUCUAAGCCCAAGUGAAGAAGGACAGGCACCCUGUUCUGAAUUAGGAGAAAGUAAGCAGGAGGAAAUGCCAGAGGAGUCAGUGAAGGCGGCCACUUUUCCAAGAGAGAGGCAGGAGGAGCCCCAGCAGAAUCGAGACUCGGGAGGCCCUGAACAGCUGUUGGCCAUGGAGCCCAGAGAAGUUGGGAGGCUUGGAGAAGAGCUGAGCCUCCAGUCUCAGAGCUGUGGGGAUAGUUCAGAUGACAGUAGCACCCAGUACCUAACGUCUGGAGAGAGAGCGAACUACCAGCAUCAAGGGGAAGUGCAGCAACUGCGCCAGAAGCUGCACCGCCUCCAGGUCCUGUGCAGCUCAGCCGAAAAGGAGCUGCGGUAUGAGCGCGGCAGGAGCCUGGACUUCAAACAGCACAACAGUCUGCUUCAGGAGGAGAAUGUCAAGAUCAAAAUCGAACUCAAGCAAGCCCAGGAGAAGUUGCUAGACAACGCCAGGAUGCACUCCUCACUCACGGCAGAGUGGAAGCACUGUCAGCAGAGAGUCAAGGAGCUGGAACUGGAGGGACUCAAGCAGGCUCGGAGCAUCAAAUCCCAGCAGAGCCUUCAGGAGAAGCUGGCUUGGGAGAAAUCCAAAGUGGCCGAUGCUCAGGAAAAGAUUUUGGACCUGCAGCAGAAACUAGACCAUGCUGGACAAGUCUGCCUUUCAGAUGCUUGUGUUUUGCUUAAGAAGCAACUAGAGGAGGAGAUCAAGGAAGCGAAGAGCAGUGAGGCUAGGCUGCAGCAGCAGUUGCAGGAGGAGCAGCAGAGGAGGGUACUCCUGGACCAGGACGUGAAUGAGCUCCAGAGGCAAGUGAGGACCUUGCAGGAUAAGGAGGACCAGCGGGAAGCAGCCCAUUCCCAGCAGCGAGAGACUCUAAGCCAACAACUGGAAAGUGAGAAGAGGAAGUGUGAGGAGUAUGUCAAGAGCAACCAGGAACUGUCAGAGAAGCUGUCCAGGCUACAACAAGAAAAGGAAGCUCUGUGGCAAGAGCACGGACAGUUUUUGGAGCAACUUGGUGAGCACGUGAGAAACUACAAAGACAAACACCACUGCCACAAAGUCAAGCUGCAAAAGGUCAAGGACCGUCUAACUCAUGAGCUAGAAAUACGAAAUAAGAGGAUUAAAGAGCUCGAAGAUGAAGUUGGGAAACUGCGACAAAAAAUUGAAAUGGAGAAGGCAUUCCAGGACCAGAUCAUGACCCAAAAUGACAUCCUCCUCCUGGAAAAGAGGAAGCUUCUAGAACAAGUCACAAAUCAAGAAGAACUGAUCUGCAGCAAUAAAUCCACAAUCUCUGCAAUCCAGAGCAAGGUGUUUUUACUGGAUAAAGGAAAUCAGCAGUUGCAGGAAAACUGCGUCCGGCUCAUGCAGCACAUCAAUCUCUUAGAACGCAUUAUAAGGAGCAUCCAGAUUCGCAGAACGGAAGAAACAAUGAUCAGUGACACUGCUGCUUUUGAAAUACUCAGGAAAAUGCUCCCUUUGCAGAGCGCCAGGGCCUUUCUCAGUGUCUCAGGAACAGGUUUGGUACUGUCAGCUGAGAAUCUCCAGGAGACUGAGCUACAUAAAUCAGAAGGGACAACAGCGGUCGUCAAGUCCCCCGAGCCUCUUUCAUGUUCACAGAAUUCAGAAAGUGGAUACAUAAAUGUGACUUCUCUGAAAGAGACACACAGCAUGCAGGAGGACCAAAAGCCAGGACUAUGACAUCACUGGUGUCUAAAACAAUCCUGACUGAACCUCCUAACUCAGAGCACGGAUAGAAAAGGUGCACAUUGACCUGGAAAAGCCUCACAGAACCCCCGGGACAGCAGCAAGGGGUCUUCAAAAUUGCUGAUCGAACAGUCAUUAAAAACUUUCUAAAAACAGA